GAAAAAUAUAUACAAGAAAAUGUGACCGUUUAUAAUAAAAAGCGACCUUCUGAAAAUUAUUGGGUUCCUUUAAGAAUAAGUUUUGGUCAUAUCUCAAGUUUUCAAUUAGCAUCUGGUUAUAAAUCAUCAUAUACUUACAGUAUUCUCGAAAAUCAUACUGUUCGCUUUUUAAGUAAUUUUAACAGUAAUACGCAACUUUUUGCUACAGCCGAGACCAAUGAUGAGGAUAAAAAGAAAAUGGUUGACCUUGAAUUUCAAUAUUUGUACAUUGUUGAUCAACUUGUAUACUAUGCAACGAUCAAAAGUGGUGAAAAUUGGCUUCAAUUGGCUAGUCUACUAUUUGGAACUGUUUUAGGAAACAGUAUAUUUCAACAAUACGGACCAUCUUAUCUUAAACAUCCUGAUCCAAGCUCAACAGAUAAAGAGAUAAGAGUAUGGUCGCCUAUGUUAGCCAAAUGGGUUUCGUCUUUAAACUAUUUCAUUUCUUUUUUUCCUUAUAACAAUCCAAUGCUUAAUACUCUUAAAGAGCUUCAUAAAAGUUUAAUAAUCAUUUCUAAUCCAACUCUUAAAAUAUAG